CAACAAACGAAGCCAUAUUGUUUCGUGAUCUCUCAAAGAGAGGAAACAUUUUUUUUUAUUCUCUCCAACAAAUAACGCAUUUAUAUUUUUUAAUUAAAAAUUUAUAAUAAAUAAAUAUAAUUUAUUUAAAUGUAUAUUUAACAAUGCUAAGAUAAUUAUUAUUUGUAGGUUACAAAUAUUGCUUUGUCAUAAUUUUAAUUAAACAAUUAAAUAAACAAGUGGUUGGGUGUAUAAUUAUUUAUAUUUUUUAUAAUAUAUUAAUAUUAUUAUUUAGGAAAAAAAAGUGUGGUGGGCUUAAGGUUUUUCCAGGUAACAAAAAUUUGUUGAUAAAAAAAAUUUUAUUUGUACACAAUGGCAGAUGAAAAAGUUCAAGAAUUUGAUUGGGGUAAUGAGAAACUUCAACGAGCCCAAAAAACAGUUGAUGAAUCACCAUAUGAUUUGGAGGCAUGGGGCAUCCUCAUCAGGGAAGGACAAAAUAGAACAAUAACUGAAGUACGUCCAGUGUUUGAAAAACUCGUUGGAAUAUUUCCAUCAGCUGGUCGAUACUGGAAAAUAUAUAUUGAACAAGAGAUGAAAAUGCGCAACUUUGAAAAAGUCGAAAAGCUUUUCCAAAGGUGCCUCAUGAAAAUCUUGAAUAUUGAUUUAUGGAAAUUAUAUCUGUCAUACGUUAAAGAAACAAAAGCCAGUUUAGCAACGUACAAAGAAAAAAUGGCACAAGCAUAUGAUUUUGCACUUGAUAAAAUUGGAAUGGACAUUCACUCAUUCAGUAUAUGGAAUGAUUAUAUAUCAUUUUUAAAAAAUGUUGAAGCUGUAGGAACAUAUGCUGAAAAUCAACGUAUAAGUGCUGUCAGAAAGGUUUAUCAGCGUGGUGUUAUAAAUCCAAUGAUCAAUAUGGAACAAUUGUGGAAAGAUUAUAUGGAAUUUGAGCGUAAUGUUAAUCCAAUGAUUGCUGAUAAAAUGGCUAGUGAAAGAUCGCGAGAUUAUAUGAAUGCAAGAAGAGUUUCUAAAGAAUUAGAAGCUGUUACAAGAGGUCUUAAUAGAGGUGCACCAAGUGUACCACCAACUGGACAUCCUGAAGAAAUUAAACAGGUUGAAUUGUGGAAAAAAUAUAUUGCUUGGGAACGUAGUAAUCCAUUGAGAACUGAGGAUACAUCACUCGUUGCAAAAAGAGUUAUGUUUGCAAUUGAACAAUGUUUACUUUGUCUUGGUCAUCAUCCAGCAGUAUGGCAUCAAGCAGCUCAUUUUCUUGAAUUAAGCUCAAAAAUAUUAACUGAAAAAGGUGAUGUUAAUGCUGCUAAAAAUUUAAGUGAUGAAGCUGGUACAAUGUUUGAACGUGCAACAAAUACAUUAUUAUCAAAAAAUAUGUUACUUUAUUUUGCACAUGCUGAUUUUGAAGAGGGACGUGUUAAAUAUGAUAAAGUACAUCAAAUAUAUCAAAAAUUUUUAGAUAUAAGUGAUAUUGAUCCAACCCUAGCAUAUGUACAAUAUAUGAAAUUUGCUAGAAGAGCUGAAGGUAUUAAAUCAGCAAGAACUGUAUUUAAAAGAGCACGUGAAGAUAGUAGAUGUAAACAUCAUGUAUUUGUUGCUGCAGCAUUAAUGGAAUAUUAUUGUACAAAAGAUAAAAAUAUUGCACAUCGUAUAUUUGAAUUAGGAUUAAAAAAAUUUAGUGAUAAUCCAAAAUAUGUAUUAUGUUAUAUUGAUUAUUUAUCACAUUUAAAUGAAGAUAAUAAUACACGUGUAUUAUUUGAACGUGUAUUAUCAUCUGGUAGUUUAGAGCCAGAAAAAUCAGUUGAUAUAUGGAAUAGAUUUUUAGAAUUUGAAUCAAAUAUUGGUGAUCUUGCUAGUAUUGUUAAAGUUGAAAAACGUAGAAGUGCUGUUUUAGAAAAAAUUAAAGAAUUUGAAGGUAAAGAAACAGCACAACUUGUUGAUAGAUAUAAAUUUAUUGAUUUAUAUCCAUGUUCACCAAUUGAAUUACGAUCAAUUGGUUAUAUUGAAGUAUCAAAUCUUGGUAGAAAUAAUCCAGGUGUAUUACCAUGUCAACAAGUUACUGAAGAAGUUGUUGUCACCCUACCAAAACCAGAUAUAUCACAAAUGAUACCAUUCAAGCCAAAAGUUAAUCCUUUACCUGGUGAACAUCCAGUACCUGGUGGAGCUUUUCCAUUACCACCAACAGCUGCUCAACUUUGUACAAUAUUACCACCACCAGAUUGUUUCAGAGGACCAUUUGUUCAUGUUGAUACAUUGAUUGAUGUUUUUGGAAGAAUUCAACUUCCAGAUCAUGCACCACAACCAAUUGCUGACAAUGGCUGUGAUACAAAACUCUUUGAUCUUGCUAAAUCCGUCCAUUGGAUUGUUGACGAGAGCAAUGAUGGCUCGUCAAUUGUCGGCAAAAGAAAGCGUACACGUGUUGGUGGUGAAGACAGUGAAGAUGAAGAUCUACCACCACCUCCAGCAAAUGAUAUUUAUCGUCAAAGACAACAAAAACGUGUCAAGUGAAAAUAAUAUUUUAUAUUUCUCUUCUAUAUUUCUUAACAAUAAUAUAUAUAUAUAUUUUUCCUUUUUUCAAGUGAUCAAAUUUAUUGUCAUAUCGAUAGUCAUAUCGAUAGUUAUUCUUUUUAAAAAAAGUGACUAAUUUUUUUUUUUUUUUUUUCUUGCUAAAAAACAAUAAGAAAAAAAAAACGAAAAAAAUUAUUUUAAACUUCGAAAAUACGUAAAGCAAUUAUUUAAAUUUAUUUGACGUAAAUUAUUUUUUUUGAAAUCAUUUUUUUAUGAAAAAAAAAAGUUAAUUAAUAAUUGAUGCUAAUGAAUUAAAUAAUAUUAUUAAUAAUGAAUGAGAACAUGAUAUUUUGUAAAUAUUAAAUGUUGCCAAUGGUAGAUAGUGUAUAUAAAUAAUUAAAAAACAUGUAAUUUUUUUUCAUAAUAAACCGAAGCAUAAUGGAAUCAAUAAAAUACAAAAUAAUGAAUUUAA